AUGACACCACCACUGAGAAGGACACGCCCGGACUCCUCUGUAGAAGAGGGUCCUCCAGCUAGUCGGCGUCGCACAGCUCAAACUACAGCCUCGGCUCCUGUACCAACCUUGGCGGCCCAAACCAGUAUCGGUACCGCCGCUGCUGUACCUGUUCAACAACAACAGCCCGAUAUUGAUGACGAUGAAGAAGCAUUAGAAGCACAAGACGACACUGAUGAACAACCCAUUAUUGAUGAUGAUGAUGAUGACGAAGAGCAAGAUAGUGAUUUUGAGGAAGCCUUUCCGGGUGCUGCUGCUGCUCAAGCUGAAGGAGUGGAAGAUCAAUACGAAGAAGACAUGUCGGAUGAAGACGAUGACGAAGAUCAUACUGAAUAUGAACAAGAUAUUGAUCAACCUGAUAUAGACGAAGAAGAAGACGAAGAAGAUAGCUUCGAGGCCUCCUCUGCAGGAGAAGAAGUUCUCACUGGUAACGAUGGGGAGAUGGAAACAACCACUACAACAGGUCCCACAGGUAGCCAACGACACUUCAGGGAAGAUGAGUUUGUCAUAAUGAACGCGAGCGUCAAGAUGAUGGAUUCGAUUGUAGAUGCUAACGGCCCAUACAGGGACAAACUGAUCCAAUUGGCCCAAGAGAGUAUCCAAAAAUUCAACCGUUGCCGGAGUCAAGAUGAUACACAGCUUGGUCCCGAAAAGUUGGUUGAUGAAGCUUGGAACUCAGUGGAGUUCAUGUGGGCCCCUCAGUCGAAUCGAAAUGUCCAACAAGGAGCAACUGCUUUCACGACGAUGGGAUCUGCAGGCGAACAUUUCUUCCCUAUUAUUGCUUUCAGUGACUCUUUCUGGGAGAACG